AUGCUCGAGUUUUCAAUGGAGCACGACCUGCAGCAGCCGCCGCGGCCCACGCAGUCCCACAGACAUCGGAAGAGUCUGAGCCGUCAAAGCUUCACUCUAGGACGCCGAAUCCUCCAGGGCAAUUUCAAUACUACUUCGAUUGCCUCUGCAGAACAGGAUAGCAAGAGCCAGGAGGGGCACCACGACGACAAGCAUAACACGGCCGCAACACGGGAUCAGACAGAAUACACGCUUGAUUCAAGGGAAGAUAGUAGUGCCGCAGACCCAAACAGUGUCACGGUGAACUCGGCCCUCACUUUCCACGAGGAUGACCAGCCUACACAAGAAGGCUCCAGGAUUACUGAACCGCUUUCCAGCAGCGAGGAGAAAGACGCGGAGGAGCGCAAUCGGCCAGAGAACGAGAUAGACUCGCAAUUCGGUUCAGAUGCUGGAGGUGAUACCAAGGACUCUCGCCAACCGGUUGUCCGCACACCCACCCAGUAUAGCGUGGAUCGGUCAAACGACGCCAACGAAAGACAUGAGCGCCGUCAGAUAUCAUUUUCAAGCGCGGAAAGCACAGCCGUCAACUCUGACGAGGAUGAAUCUAUCCUAGUUGAGACUCAGCAAGAUAUCCCUGCCUUCAGCACUAGCCAGCGCCGCCGUCAGGAUAUCAACUGCUCCUGCGACAAAUGUGUCUUUCGCCAACAAGUUCUCGCUGCCGUCGCUGCAGAUACACAACAACAGAGACGGCGAAACCAACAGCACCAGCAGCGCGAACAACAAGAUCAACAACAAGACGGGGAGCCGCUGCUCGCGCCGCUCGUCUUCCAGACCAUGUGCCUUGCCGCAAAGGUCUUGGGAGACUCCAUCCGCAGCGUGAGAAGAGAUGCGGAGAACUACAUCAUUGAUCUAUAUGUCCACCAGUCGAUGGAAUUGUCCUCCCGGUCCACCUCCGAGGACAGUGCCGAUCACGAUACGGACUAUGGUGUCUGGGAAGACGAAGAAGAUCAGAACGCCGACACCAGCAUACCACACCCAGAUCUCAUCGGCGUCGACCCCGACAUCAUCAUUACGCCUUCCUUGCCUUCCGACCGCAGGAGCACCACCCCCACCAGCAUAAAGCGACAACGAGUACCAGUCCCUGUGCCGCGCAAGCCCGUCACUGCGCUCCGUGCCGCGGUCGGACUGGCAGCCUGUCUUGCAAUCUGGCUCUUCGCGCGGAUCGCCGUCUUCUUCGGGCCGGAGCUGCUGUUUGGGGUAUGUUUUGUGUUCGUCGCGAUCUUGGUCGGCCCGGGGUGCAGGCUGGUGUUUGACAACUAUGAUGACGACGAUGGUGGUGAUGCUGGCUCUGUGGUUAUGAAACCUGCAACCACAGGCACAGGCGCGGAUAUGCCAUACGACGAUGAGACCGAGGAGGAGGAGGAGGAGGGGGAGGCAGCGGCGAUCGAGAUGAACGACCGGUCACGUACGCGGGCGCGGUCAAGAAACCGCCAUCCUCGACGCGGCAGUGAGUCUGCUUGCGAUGCUGAUGGAGAAGAGGAAGAAGACUUAAACUCUGACGACAUCUGCUCGGACUAGGUGGGUUUGUCGAGGUGUAGAAACCGGCCAUGGAUGGUGGUUGCUGGAAUCACAUACAAACACAUGUCCAUGUCACCUCAAGUUGAGUGACAGCACAGGAGUGAUCAAGUAUAUGUGCUUCAACGCUAUAGCUGUUGCAGAAGCUAGCUUCGUCAAAUUGUCUGUCUUUUAAGCGAUAGUAUGAAAUCAAUCUUUUAACUGCUGCGAGA